AUGACCUCCUCCCCGUCGCAAUCAUUGACCACUAUAACAAUUAAACCAAUCACAUCCGAAACUGACAUCCCAAUCUGCGCAAGGCUCGCCGAUGCAGCAUUGAAACCAGAUGCCUUCCACGAGUUUCGGAGCCGGUACAUGGAGAAGAAUGUGUAUGACAACACUAUUGAGAAGCUAACCGAAGCGUUGCGAGAUGACCGGGGCCGGUUCUUUGUGUUCAAGGCCGUUGCCUCGCCAGUUCCGAGGGAAGAUCCAACCAUAGAUCUCGAGGACACCGCCAGCACAGAAACCGAAGGGGAGCAGCUGGAAACCAUCGUGGGCUUCACGCUGUGGACGAAGGGAUACGUCGAGGUGCCUAAGAUGGACCCGUUCGCAUCAAAAACUAGGACAGCAGCGGGACCGCCCUUAGAGACAAGUAUUACACCCGCGCCCACGUCGGAAGGUGUCAGUACUGGAAUUGCCGUUGGCGUGCCGAGGGAUCAUGCCAUUGCUAGAGGCGACGGUGCUCCUAGCCCAGCAGGAAAACCAAAGCCAUUCUACGCAAAUCCGGACGCGGAAUUGAGUCGGAAACUGGGCAAUGCGUACGUCGGUACCAUCAGGGGGAAGCGGCAUUUGUAUCUCCACUGGUUGGUCGUCCACCCGUCGUACCAACGGCAGGGUAUCGGGCAGAAGCUGCUCAACUGGGGGAUUGAAGUUGCCGACGGCGAAAAUAUCGUGGCGUGGUUGUUUGCACGACCGGCUGGGUCUAGACUGUAUGAGCGCAAUGGCUGGAAAGCCGUACUGAUCAUCGAGGUUGACGUUCCUGAUGAGGAUUUGAUGGUGGCGCCUGUCGUGGCCAUGUUGAGGUUACCUGCCCAGCAAAGAGGGUAA